GAAAUUGACCUCACACCAUUACGCUGUCGGCAAGAAUCAUCCCUUCUUUACCAAGCAAGCACCGCUGACCGUCCGAUCUUCUCACCGUUCAACGGCUCUGAUUCAAUUCUCUCUCCUCCGCUAUCAACGGUACAAACUAAACCCAAUCAGCACAGUUGAUACUGCUGCCACGUACCAGACUUGGCGGGGACUCCCAUCUCCACUCUCGUCCUCCUCUCCUCGUCCGCUCAAAUUGACCUGCUUAAUCUUCUCCAAAUCUCGGAUUCUCUCAUCUAAUCUCGAAACCGCAUCUACUAAUCAAUACUACGUCAUUUCAGUUCCAUUGCCGGAUUUAAUGAGAAGGUGAUUCAGAUUAUAAACGAAAGAUUGUUAGGAUUAUUGGUACUGAGGCGCGAGAAGCCGAGUCAUGGCCGCGAAGACUGACGCGGUGUCUUUUAGGGUUCCGUACAGGAACCUGAAGAAGGAGGCGGAACUGGAAAUGGCGACCGUUGUUGAUGAGAAUCACCACCGGAUCGAUCUAAAUUCUCCAACGUCUUCUUCUUCCUCUUCUCCUCCGAUUCCGAAUGGGGACUCGAUGCAUGCUGGGUUAAGGUCGAAGAAAUCUAGCUUGAGGAUGCUCAUUCUUAGUUGUACGGUCGCCGCCGGUGUUCAGUUCGGCUGGGCCUUGCAGCUCUCUCUUCUGACCCCUUACGUCCAGACUCUUGGAAUAGGACAUGCCUUUUCUUCAUUUAUUUGGCUCUGUGGCCCAAUUACAGGUCUUGUGGUACAACCUUGUGUUGGUAUUUGGAGUGAUAAAUGCUCUUCAAAGUAUGGAAGGAGACGACCAUUUAUUCUUGCAGGGUCUCUGAUGAUCUCACUUUCUGUGAUAAUAAUCGGGUUUUCUGCAGACAUUGGAUAUCUAUUGGGAGAUACAAAGGAGCAUUGCAGCACUUUCAAAGGUACUCGUACUAGGGCAGCUUUUAUUUUUGUCAUUGGCUUCUGGAUGCUGGAUCUUGCAAAUAAUACAGUGCAGGGACCAGCUCGCGCGCUUCUAGCUGAUCUAUCAGGUUCUGAUCAACGCAAUGCGGCAAAUGCUAUAUUCUGCUCAUGGAUGGCUGCUGGAAACAUUCUAGGAUUUUCUGCUGGUGCUAAUGGAAAUUGGCACAGAUGGUUUCCGUUCCUGAAGAGUAGAGCUUGCUGUGAAGCCUGUGGCAACCUUAAGGCAGCAUUUCUUGUUGCAGUGGUAUUCCUCACUUUAUGUACUCUUGUGACUAUAUAUUUUGCGGAUGAGGUUCCGCUAUCUGCAAAUCUCUCAAAAAAUUUAUCAGAUUCUGCUCCGUUGUUAGAUGAUUGUCCAAAAAAUAGUGUAGAUAUUUCAAAAUCUACACAUGGUAUGCAAGUUGAUGCCAGUGCUAAUGGAAACAAUCCUGGGAGCAACUAUGAACAAGAUAUAAGUCUAAGGCAGGUCAACUCAACAAUUGAAGGUCAAAAUGGAGAUUUCAAUGAUGGACCUGGAGCUGUAAUUGUCAAUUUCUUGACCAGUUUAAGGCAUUUACCACCGGCUAUGCAUCCAGUGUUAAUUGUUAUGGCUUUUAGCUGGCUGUCCUGGUUCCCCUUCUUUCUUUUUGAUACGGAUUGGAUGGGAAGAGAAGUUUAUCAUGGUGAUCCAAAAGGCAAUUCUUCAGAAGUGAAACUGUAUGAUCAAGGUGUUCGAGAAGGUGCAUUUGGUUUGCUAUUGAAUUCAGUUGUUCUUGGCAUUAGUUCAUUCUUCAUUGAACCAAUGUGUCAGCGGCUGGGUGCCAGAGUUGUUUGGGCAAUUAGCAAUUUCAUUGUCUUUGCCUGCAUGGCGAGCACGGCUGUAAUUAGUUUGAUAUCUGUGGAAGAAUAUUCCAAAGGGAUUGAACAUGUAAUUGGAGGGAAUGGAGUAAUAAAGAUCGCUUCCUUGGUUUUAUUUGCUCUUCUUGGCUUUCCUCUCUCUAUUACUUAUAGUGUACCCUUUUCUGUCACGGCAGAGGUCACGGCUGAUUCAGGUGGUGGCCAAGGAUUGGCUAUAGGAGUUCUGAAUCUUGCAAUAGUUAUUCCACAAAUGAUUGUGUCUCUUGGUGCGGGUCCAUGGGAUGCUCUAUUUGGUGGUGGAAAUAUUCCUGCAUUUGUUUUGGCAGCCUUCUGUGCCCUCGCAGCUGGCAUUAUUGCAAUCCUCAAGCUGCCAACUCUUUCCAGCGGUUCAUUCAAGUCAUCUGGCUUUCACUUUGGUUAAAGGCAAACAACUUGUCAUUACGGCAAGAAGCAUGUUGUAUAAGGUGGUCGGUAUCCCCGUGAAAUGCCUGGGCAAUACACCUUCGGAGAGUGGCGCUAUUCAUAUGCAUACAAAUAUUUCAUAUCAAAAGCUCUAUGCAUUACAUAUUCAAUUCAUUAAUUUUUUCCCCACUUGUGGGCAUCUGUAGCUAGUUUAGAGUGUAACAUGCAUUAUAUUGGAAGGCGUAAAGAAUGACCGAGUAUAAUUGCUAGCUCUACAAUUUUUUAGAAGAUUUGAGUUUUUCACUUGAAGUUAUACGGGAUAUAUUAUUCUCAUAGCUUUGUAACAAUUAUUGCUUGUGGAUCAUCUGAUUCUUAUCAUACCCAUGUAUGAAGUGAAACAUUUAACAGUUGCCAUAUGGAUUGAUCCUGUAUUCCGACA